CACGGCCAGGGGUCGGGGUCCGCUGCUCUGAGCGUCCAGGAGACUGUGACACUUGACAGCUAGAUGUGAAAGCUUAGGAGUGCUGAUGGAGACGUGCGAUGGAUGCCUGUGCUCUGACAGCCUGAGCGGUGCCUUGGCUCAGGCAUCGCCCACGAGCCGGCCGGGCUGAUCCCGUGGGAGCCAUGCGAGGCCACAUCUCCUCAAGGACCGAGGCUCCUGGGCCAUGUCUUGUCAGGACAUAGCAGCAGCAGCCCGAGCUGGGACCAGACAAAGCUAAGGCUGCCACAGCCACACAGGUGCACAAGUGCCAGGGCAGUGUUUGGCUGCAAGUCUCUCACUCUGCCCUCUGUGUACCUGUGGCUGCCUCGAGCCACUGAGCUCUGCUGCUCUCGUUCUGCCGGGCCCUGACCUCCCUGGCAGCAGGGACGGCUCUCCAGGCCACUCCUCAGGGCUGAGAGACACUACCAGUGUCAGAUCUCUACAGUGAGAUAAGGAGCAUUUUACUUUCAAACUAAAGAUGUCGUGCCCAGAGGAACUGGAUGCCCUGGCAGAUAUGGAUCUGCUUGACUUUCUCCUGAAGGAUGAUGCUCCCUGCCCUGAAAUCCCAGGGGAGCAGAAUGGUCUGCUGGAAGACUGGGGCCUGCCAAUGCCUGAGCUCCUGGACAAGGAGAUGGAUGACUUCAUCAGCUCACUGCUGAGGCCUUUAGAAGAUGAACCAGACAGGCUCAGUUAUUUGCCUGCCAACAAUGACAGCAGCAUUUCUGAUGAUCAGCAUCUGUCCCAUUGCAAUUUUGCCAGCCAAGACAUUGUGCAGGUUGAUCAUAACUACUCCCUUCACCAGGACUGGCCUGCACUGGAAAGUGUGAGGUCUGAUAUAGCAGAAGGAGAUGUCACCAUUGAGCUAGGGGCAUGGGUUGGUGUGGAAGGCACAAGCAAGGCACUGGAACAGAGCACCAGUUCCCCUAUUGCUGUUGCUGUGGAAGAUGAACCCCAGCUUGUGCCUGGUGCCAUUGAACAGUCUGACUUCCCAGAGCUGGUCCUGACUGAGGAGGAGAAGCAGCUCCUGGAGAAAGAAGGUGUUACAUUACCAACCUGUCUGCCACUGACCAAAGCUGAAGAGCGAGUUCUGAGGAAAGUGCGUCGUAAGAUUCGGAACAAACAAGCAGCUCAGGAUAGUCGUCGCCGGAGGAAGAACUAUGUGGAUGGCCUAGAAAACAGGGUGGCAGCCUGCACAGCUGAAAACCAUGAACUGGAGAAGAAGGUGCAGCAGCUGCAGAAGCAGAACAUGUCACUGCUCAGGCAGUUGCAAAAACUGCAGGCCUUGGUGAGACAGUCUGCCCCCAAAACUACCAGAAGAACAACCUGUACCAUGAUCGUGGUUCUUUCUUUCUGCCUCGUUCUGUCCCCCAGCAUCCACUUGCCCAGGAGCGCAGAGCCACAGCAGGAGCUCAAGGUGCUGUCACGGCAGAUCCGCGAGUUUCCGAGCCACGGAGCACCUGAUGUGCAGCAUGACACUGAGCUGGAGGGCUUCAGCCCAGAGCCUGGAGACCCCUUGCUGUCGGUCAACCUCAGUCAGUCGUGGGAAGAGGGACAGAGUCCACUUAACUCCGAUCCCAGAUCUUUCAACAGCAACUCAUCCUCUGACCCUCCGCCAGCAGCAGGCUCCGAGCCAGGCCCGCCCCAGAGUGACCCUUUGCCAGCCGCAGUGCUGGUGCCAUGGAAAUCCAAGGGUCAGGAGUGGGUGGAACAACCUGACAGAGUUCUCAUCCAGCAGCACCAUGCCAAUGAGAUGUGAUCAAUGCUACAUCCUGCUCCUUGGGAUGAUACUGGGCAUCCUGUGGGGCAGGGACAGAGCUGCACUAACAGAUUAUCUAUCCAAGCAGUUUCUUCUGAGUACUCUCCUGAUUGCCAGCAACUCAGAGGGUUCACCAGGGAGAAAUCGUUCUGACAUUUUUAUCAGGCUCCAUCUGAGAUGGGACAGGAAAUUCUGAGAAUUCACUGUAGCUGCUCAUGGGGCUUGCAGCCCAGAGCGCACCCGGUGGCUUGUGGGUAUGGGCUGUGGCAGGGAGGGUGGUGGCAGUUGGGCUGAGGUGCCAGUACUUGGUCUGACUGGAUGCAGUUGGCGGUGGAGGCCACUGCCCUGCUUCUUCACUGCGCAGCUGGAGAUGAACAGGCACUUCUUAGUCUGUGUUGUGGCCCCAAACACAUGUCCCGUGUCACUGCACCUUAAUCCUGCAGUACUAUGUGAUUUCUAGGUGUGAGGGAGCAAGUUGACCUUCAGUGCUCUCACAGGAGUAAUCCUGCCUGCUGCUGCGACAGACCCAGCACGUCGCCUGUUCCUGCUAGCUUUUGAGCCAUGGCCACAGCUCCCAGCCUGGCUAGAGAAGGUAAUGUGGAGUCCUUCCUGAGCCUUGUGUGCUGUUUGCCUACUGUAAGGGCUGAGCCUUUCAUCUCCUGCAGGCUUCUGGGCUUCAGGGAGCAGGCAUGCUGUGAACCAGACUGCUGAGGCAGCAUGUUCAGAGAGCAGCAGAGCUGCUAACUCUUCUGAAGGCUUUCCUGCCCACAGGACAGUUUCAAAGCCGUGUCCUUGUGUGCCAAGCCUUGCUGUGCUGGCUGGUGAUGCAGUCAGUGGUUCUGGGCUGAACAGAAACACUUUGAGCUGGUGAGCAGUGUCUUUGCCAGAGUGCAGCUUAGUGGUACUUGUAGAGAUCUCCUUGUCCUACUGCAGGAUAUUCCAUGUAGUCAUAUAGAAUGUUUUGGGUUGGAAGUGCCCUCUUAAAGUCAGCUAGUCCAGUUCCCUUGCAAUGAGUAGGGAUAGCAUCAAAUUGGAUCAGAAUAAUAAUUAAUAGCUUCCUUAUUAAUAGAGUCCAAAUAAAUAUUAAUGGUGUGUGA